AAGUUACUUCAAGAUUAAAACGUAAAACAAUUAUGCAUGAUUCAUCUACAUCCAAAAAAUCUAUAAAAAGACAAGGUUUCAAAUAUGAAUGGUUGUCUUCAUUUCCAUGGUUGAGAUACGAUAACAUUAAUAAAUUGAUGUAUUGUAAACUUUGCAAUUCUCAUUCAAAAAAAAAUAAUUUUGCUACUAAGG